UUAAAGUGACGAUACAACCCAAAGCUUAACGGUUGGAUCUUUGUCCUCCUUAGUUUCUAAAAAAUGCAGUGGUUUGUUAGAACUGUGUUCGUCCUGGCGCUUACAAGCUCCGUGUUGGCAAAGAAAAGCAACUACUGGUGGAUGUUCCCCAAUUUCGACGAAAAUGGUUCAAACAACCGUGAAAAUCUGGUGGCAAAUAUAACCCAAGGUGAUCUUCGCAACGGAACAGACGGGCAAGGAGCAAACCUAACUACAAUAGUGGACGGUGACUUUAAUUUACGUUCCGACGACAAUAGUGAAGAUAACCUGGAUAUAAAUGAAGGCAAUGGCCGCCCGGUAUUUCCCACUGAGGAUUUUGAUCGGGAUAACAAAACGCAGCCGGCCACAGGAAACGAGAAUGUUUCUGGCACGGAUAGCGACAAAGAUUUAAACUGGCCCGUAGAUAAAGAGAACCAAACUGACGCCAAAACAUUGAUGUCUGGGGACACCUGGGAAAAUGAUAACGAAACGAAAACUGAACAAGAAAAUCCUUCCAGUUUCGAAAAAAUGGAGGAGACGGAACUUUCUACUGACCUAAUGAAUGACGAGGAUGAGGUUGUCCAUGUUGAAGGUGAUGCUCAUCCAUCGUCCAAAUUAGAACAGGAACAGUUGAAUGACGAACAAAGUGCUUCCAGUGAAGAUGACGAGCUGCAAGAGGAAAUGGCUCCAAUCGAUGAGCUUGAGCAAAUUUUUGAAGAACAAGACAAAGCUGUUCACGAGGAUGGGGAUGCUCAUCCCUCUUCCAAAAUAGAGAUGGAGGAAAUAUCAAACACUGAAGAAGUUGAAGACCUCGAUUUUCCUCCCGAGGAGAAAGAUGAAUCUGUUCACGAAAAUGGAGACGCUCAUCCCUCUUCCAAAAUAGAGGUGGAGGAAAUAUCAAACACUGAAGAAGUUGAAGACCUCGAUUUUCCUCCCGAGGAGAAAGAUGAAUCUGUUCACGAAAAUGGAGACGCUCAUCCCUCUUCCAAAAUAGAGGUGGAGGAAAUAUCAAACACUGAAGAAGUUGAAGACCUCGAUUUUCCUCCCGAGGAGAAAGAUGAAUCUGUUCAUGAAGAAGGAGACGCACAUCCAUCUUCUAAAUUUGAAACGGAGGGCAAUAACGAUGCCGAGGAAAUCCAAGAACCAAAUUCUGUGGAUGAAAUUAGUUUGUCAGCGGACGACGAAGUUCCGGAAGAAACCAAUUCCUCCAGUGAAAAUGUUAAUGGCCAAGACCUAAACUCUGACAACAAUGAAGAAAUAAACAACAGUUCAUCAAAUGAAUCGCAGGAAAAUAACGAAGAAAAUCCAACAGAAGAAAAUUCCAAACUUUUCGAAAGCAGUAAUAAUGAAGAUUUAGAUUUUGAGCUUUCAGAAGAUGUCCUAGAGAAAGAGGACGAAAAGGAAGCAGAGACCGAACUUAGACAUACACAGGAUGAUGAAGCAAGUGCACUCGUUAGCGAAGGAGAAAAUAUGGAUGAUGAAGACGAAAUACAACCAAUAAACAAUAACGAACCAUCAUCCAUUGAUUCAGAUUACGAGGAUGCCCCUUUACAUUGGAUAGAUGAAGAACUUCUAAAUAAGGAGAGCUCUACUAUUAUUAAUAAAAGUGCUGGCGACGCUAUAAUUUCAGAAGGAGAGGAUACAUCGGCAGUGGUUCCUAUAGCUCCCGUUUUCAAAACUCCGCUUUGCAGUUUUGACACCCGACCAUUUAACUUGACAAUUCUACCAGUGAACUCCGUAAAUGAAAUGCACGGUACGGAUGUGUCACUUCUUUGCACUUUGGUACCGCACAACGCAUCGGAAACGAUGCCGCAUUUCCGCCUAACGUGGCUAUUUGAAAAGGAAGGGUGUCAGAAAGAUUCAUCGAACAAACAUGCCUGUACAAGAGUUCUCGUAUCCAAAAACUAUGAAUCGCCUGAUUCUCCCAAUACAUUAUCGUACGAGUUGAACAAGUUAAACCAUACGAUACACACCGGCCUAUACAUUUGCGAUGCAGAAAUCUAUGGCUGUCAGUCUCAAAAUCAGAAUGCAACGGAAACCAGCCAAGCUCUCUACCUCAAAGUUUAUAUCAAACCCAAUUAUGCACUCCAUAUUGGUAUAAUAUCUUCAGUAUGUGUUAUUUUACUGGCAAUUCUGGGUGGGUUGGUGAGUUAUGCUCGCCGGGUUCAAAAGCAAUCAAAGAAUCGUUAUCAAGAAUUACUUUCAUCGGCAGAUAUUCAAUACUAUCCUUCUAAAGUUUUAGAACUGCCUAACUCUGUUUACAAUACUACAACAACAGGAUUCGUAAGGAUGAGCGCCAGUACCUUUUCGAGUAAAUCCAGCUUUACAAGUAAUGAAGACGUCUGAUUCCGAACUAAAUGUUUUAAAAAAAUGUUCCCUUAACCUUAAGCACUGGAUAUACAAAGGCUAAGAGAAAAGUAAGAAAGACAUUUACCUUUCAGGCUUAGAAAUCUGUUUUCCAUUUUUCCCAAUUUUUAGAUGUUGUGGUGGUUUCCUUCAUCUUUUUCCCAUACUUUUCCAGAGCUCAAAUUUUUUGGAAUAAACUGGGGAACGAA